UAUUUUAGUGUCCGCGCGGCACGAUCGGGUUGCCCCGUUUACCUCGCCGUUGGUUUUUCGACCGCUGCCGUCUGCAUAAACAAUCGCAUUGCGUUCCUCACUCUCGGCCUCUUCGCUGACGCUGUGCCCUCUUCCUGCCAUUCGACCCGCCAUUCAGUUUCUGGCGCUAUACACCUUGUUCUACCUGCGCAGUCGUCCAGUCCAUAUAUCCCACGCGGUUGGCUUCCAGCGUAAGGAAACGCCUUACACCGUCAUCAGGCAUCACUGGGAACCCGACCACCCGACCACCCUCUCAGCAACAUGAAAGUCGCACGGCCUUCCUUCAACCCAGGCCGGACGAAAAACUUCAUCCAUGGCUUCCAGGGGUUCAUCAUCUUCCUGGCGUGGGCCUUGACUAUCGCGGUGUUCACCAAGGGCGAUGGCAUUGAUGGGAGAUCGGCCUGGUAUUGGGCCAUGUGCUGGCUCAGUAUCCCCGGUCUCAUCUACCUAGUGGCCGUCCCGAUGUGGCCGCGCGCCCGCCGCUUCGGCAAUGUCUACGCCUUCGCUACGGUGGACUGCCUGUACGCUAUCUUAUGGUUCAGUGCCUGGGUCUGUGUCGCCAGCUACGUGGCGCAGGGGAAGAGCAAGGGGAAGAGCGACAGCUCGUCAGACAGUGAUAGCAAGAAGGGCUGCGACAACUGGGCUUACGGCAGUGCCAGCAAAUGCAAGAUCAGCACCGCCACCGUGAUCUUGGGUGUCAUCGUCUUCUUACUCUUCGUGUUCACUGCCUUCUUAUCCUUCCGCAAUGUCGUGCACUUCCGUCGCACCGGUACCCUGCCCGACGCCGUCUCCGAUCCGACCUUUGCCGCCCACACUAAGGCCGCCUUCUCGUCCAACCCGGCGCACGAUUUCGAGGAGGAGGAAGACGACUUCCGCUCGCGCGCGGGGAUGGGGUCGUCAGUCCGCGGCGAUCGGGAUGAGGACUAUGCCCUGCUGCACCAGAGUGAGGCGGAUGAUUUUGGAAGCACCACGCACGGCCGGUCUGCGGCCUCGGGGGCCUACGAUCCGACGGUGUCGACGGGCAGCGUGCUGCACGACUACAGUACUAGCUACGGUGGAGCGCAUGGUCAGCAUUACUCUCCGUCGGAGUAUGAGCCGAGUCAUAGCGGAUACGGGCGGUAGUUGGGGCGAUGCGGGUAUAAAAUAAAGAAAAGACAAGACCUUCGAGACGAACCAUGGGCGGUGUUGUGGGCGCAUUUUCCGAUUCACUUUGGUUGAUUAUCUCUGAUCUUUUGGCUGUAAAAUGACGACUGUAUGUUGUGUGUUGGAGAUACCUGACGACUUAUCGGAUGACGAUGUAUUGUUUGGGAGUACUCAUAGAUGAAUUUAUAUUUAUACUGUC